AGUGCGCGUGCCGCACUCGUAUCGGGGAACGGAGUGGUGAGACGCGGGCGGGGCGGAAGGGGGCGUGCCGGCCACGUGGUGCGCGCGUUCGAAACUGGCGCGCGGCCGGCGGCGCGCAGGAGUUUGUCAACAUGGCAACGGGCCGCGUGGAGGGGGCGUGACGUCAGCGCGCGGCCCGUGACGUCGCGCGGGACACGCGCGCCGGCCGCCAGAAGGCGCUCCAGCCGUGCGGCGAGCGACACUGGCGAGCAGCCGCGACUGAGGAGUGGAGCCUAGCGCGAGCCGAGCCAGCGACUGAGGCGCGAGACCCGACAGCCCGCUCACCGGACGACGUCACCACGUGUGAUGCGGUGGUGAGCUACUCCCGGACGAGACAGUGUUUCGGUGGCGACAGUGGUGGUGACGUCGUGACCAUUUACGCAGCUAACCUGGAGGACGUUCAGGGUUUCGGCGGGGGGCCGGGAGCCGGGGACUGCAAUGUGCGCAGGCUUCUGUUGCUGAGGGGCCAUCACCAGCAGCAGCAGCCGCACGACGUUAACAUGAUGGAGCAGGGCCAGCAGGAGAUGGACCCGUCGUUCGAGCCGCAGCAGCGCGCCCGUUCCAACACGUGGCCUCUGCCGCGGCCGGAGAACUUCCUGGACGUGGUCGUGAAGCAGGAACCCGGCGUCGAGGUCGGUCCGGGCGCCGGCAUGCUGGGACCGUGCGCCGCCGCCGUCCACGGCGGGGGCGGCGCCGGGGGCGGAGGUGGAGGCGGGUCGCCCGGCGCCGGUGAGCCCGUCUACCUGUCGCCCGCCGCCGUCGUCAACUCCGUCAACGCCGCCAAGAAGAACACGAGCCGUCGCAACGCGUGGGGCAACCUCUCGUACGCGGACCUGAUCACGCAGGCCAUACAGUCGGCACCGGAUCAGCGGCUCACCCUGUCGCAGAUCUACGAGUGGAUGGUGCAGAAUGUGCCCUACUUCAAGGACAAGGGCGACAGCAACAGCUCCGCCGGAUGGAAGAACUCGAUCCGGCACAACCUGUCGCUGCACAAUCGGUUCAUGCGCGUGCAGAACGAGGGCACCGGCAAGUCGAGCUGGUGGAUGAUCAACCCGGACGCGAAGCCCGGCAAGAGCGCGCGCCGACGCGCCACCUCCAUGGAGACCUCCAAGUUCGAGAAGCGACGGGGUCGCGUCAAGAAGAAGGUGGAGGCGCUGCGGAACGGCCUGGCGGCGGCGGACGCGACGCCCUCGCCCUCCAGCUCGGUGUCGGAGGGCCUCGACCUGUUCCCCGACUCUCCGCUGCACGCCGGCUUCCAGCUGAGCCCCGACUUCCGGCCGCGCGCCUCCAGCAACGCUUCCUCGUGCGGCGGCCGGCUGUCGCCCAUCCCCUCCGUGCUCGGCAUGGAGCACGAGUGGGGGCCUCAGCCUCCGCAGCAGCAGCCACCGCCCCCGCAGUCGCAGCAGCAGCCACCCCCGCAACCGCCCCCGCAGUACGGUCUGGAGCAGCUGGCGGGCAACCUGGCCGAGAGCAUGAAGCUGCACCACGAGACGGCGCAGGCGCAGGGGCAGCCCUUCCUGUUUCAGCACGCGCCGCCCCCCUACCAACCGCCGCCCCCGCCGCCGCCGCCCUACCUUGGGGCGGCGGCUGCCGGCCCCGGGCCUUACGGCGCGUGCCGCCUGUCGCCGUCGUACGAGCCCGAGUCGCCGCCGGCGCCGCCCCCGCCGCAGCCCGCCCCCCAGCCUAGCGGGCCGUCCACCAUGAUGGGGCAGCUAAUGGGCGCCCUCAACAACUCGACGCUGCUCGACGACCUCAACCUCAACAUAGAGACGCUACACGGCGGAUUCGACUGCAACGUCGACGAGGUGAUCAAGCACGAGCUCAGCAUGGACGGCAGCCUCGAUUUCAACUUCAGCCAGCACCACCACCAUCACCAUCACCAGUCGAUGGUGGCGGGCGGCGCUGCGAUGACCGCCUCCGACGCCGUCCACCAGCAGCACGCCGCCCCCCAGGGCGCCGCGCCCUACGCCACCGGGCCCUCCUGGGUGCACUAGCAGGGGCGACGGCCUGGAGCGAACAGGCGACAUUGUGGACACCUCGGCGUCGCUUACGAGUCGGCAGCAGCCGCGGCUUGCUGCACCCGAUGGCUGUGCGAAGAACGGCGGCAGGGGCCACUGCGGUGCCGCCAUCACCUCCACCAGCACCACGCCCGCUGUGCGCACCGAGGACCGCUCGCCGGACGCCAGGCCAGCUUCCAGAGCUAAGCAGCUGGUGCGCGCCUCCAAUCGGCUCCUGGGACUCUGAGGUGUGGGCCGACCGCGUGUCGUGGCGAUCGUGUGGACGCCGCGCCGUCUGCUGGACUCGGAAGUGUCACGUCCGCACCGAGGACGCUGCGUCUCGUCUCCAGGGGGAGGAAGACAGGACUAUGUAAAAAAAAUAAAUAAAUAAAGAAACCAAGCAGGACUCAGAUUACCAGUAGGAGAAGCGUGAUCUGUACUUAAUAGCUAUGCGAGUUAUAUAGCGAGCAACCGUUUUCGUUUCUUUCCUUUUUUGUUUUCUUUUGUGGUACAAGAAAGAGUGUGUUUCGCUGUGAUUCCUUCGAGUGAGUUAUUUUCAGCACUAGUCCGCCCUAGUUCUCAGUCUCUGGAAUACUCCCUCCAAGCGAGGGGAAGUAAUCGAUAUCACAUUACGUGACGAGAACUGUGUCUUUCACUGAGCAAGCAGUGAUAUAUCCUCCGCAUCGCAGUCGCCGUCACGCUGUCAGACUACUACAGAGAAAUCUGUUGUCACCUUAUAGUGCGAAAGGCAGUCACUAGUAAGUAGGCGUAAUUGUGUAGACUUUUCGGAGCGUAAGCAGGUUGGCGCGCAAGCGGCGCGUUUGGAAGAUCGGAGCCGAUGCCUGCAUCCGCGCGCCGGGUACAGUAGCUGCAGAGGACCUGCUCACGUCGGUUUUCCUUCAUUUUUUCACUACUAGUUUAAGUUAAUUUUGUAUGAGAAUUGAUGCGUCAGAGUUGUUGUUAAUCUUUAAGAAUAUUACUAAUGUAUUGUUAUUUCGUGGCUGGCCUACACGAGGAGAGACAGGGAAAAUGCAUAGGGUGUAAUGAAAUCGCGGUUAUUAUCACUAGUUUUAAGGAGAAAAUAAUAUCGCGAAACUGUUACUUAUUUUUGUAGAAUUCUUUUUUUUUAAUUGGGCUACGUUGUCCUGGCGCUGUGAGGGGAUUUAGGCGUUAGUGAAGCAGGCGCACUGCUUUCUAGGAUGGGACGCACAGCACUUCCGCUACCGAGUGGAAACUCGACGCUGGUUGUCGUACCAUUUCCCACGGUGGCGUGAGAGCACCUCCCUCUGUCUUCGCAGUGACUUUGUUUUUUGGCGGUAAGGGAAUGGGAACGCCCACCCCAACGCCUCCCAAUCCUAUCGCAUCCCAUCGGGAACUUUCCGCAUCCCAUCGGGAACUUUAGGGGGAAACGCACUAUUCAGGGAACUUAGGUUACACUUUAUUCCGCAGGCGUGCCGGGCCUGUAGCGGAGCUAGAUGCAUGUCUCCUGUACGGGGAGACAGGGGAAUAGCUUUAGGAAGCCAAAGAGCUACAGUCUCGUGUCUCUGAGAUGACUCCUAUUUUCUUUGUUUCGACCACGAAUCUUGAUAGACCUCCCGCUUCCUGUGUUUUUUGUUUUUAUCGUGGAAAAAUUUUUCAAACGCCCUACUCAUUUCCGAAGAACGAGUAGCCAGAAUCGCGCAAAAAAUUGCCAGGGCGACGGAAUACUUGCCGUGCGAGACAACCUUUCCACAAUGACGGGGAAAAGAAAUUAAUUCUUUAUGCGGCGUGUGAGAGUGCAACGGCGUUAAUCUCUUUGUUAUUUGCAAACACAGCAGCAGUGCCUGCCGGAAGACUCUUCUGGCUACGGAGAAUUUGCGUAGUGACGAUGUAGUUUACGUAGAAUCAUUUAGAUUGCUAGUCUGUUAAAUGUAGAGCAAUGUUGACUGCCUGAAAGCAGGUACUGGGCGGGAAAGCGCCGCGCCGGACACGUGGAAAUGCCGCCGCCGGCGUUUCCAACUACUUUCAUGGACGAUUCAUAGAUGUGUGGCCACAAGAUGGAGAAAAAUGUCAGUAAAUGUUUUGGUAGCUGUAAAGAAAAAAAGUAUAAAAAUAUUUAGAGCUUGUGGUUGAUUUGAAUUAAUGUACAAGGGGAAAAGAAAAUAUUCUCGAUUUUUGUGCGUCAUCAAAGUGACGUCUGUUACAGGGUUGUGACUGUCUACAACGAUAGUAAUCAGUUGGGCUCAGAGCAACACCAUUUCUCUUGCCUGUUACACUGGUGUCAAGUGUGGUGCCCGAGUGAUGAAACUCGCUUUACGGACCCUCAGGUAGAAAGCCGUUGCUAUAGCUAUUAGAUUACCACGUACAUUUGGCCAAAGUUGUGAAACCGACUAAUGCAACGAUAUACUAUAUAGGUAAGGUGAAGGGAGAUUUACUGUUGAGCGUUGUUACAGAUGGGAAAUAAAAAGUGUGCUAUGUUAGAUGUCGUAUAUGAGUAUUGUCAAUUAAACAUCUUGUCAGAAAUUCGAUACGAUCGUGUAUUUCCUUAACAGGAAUGGCUAGUGUUUACACUGUCUGUUAAAUUACUCAAUGCAAAUUUAUUGUAUCUGUUCGUUUUGUAUAACGUUUAAAUCUAAACUUGCAGGGAUGCGCCGUACAACUUCAGAGGUUGUUGGAUGACAAAACACUAGUGUAAUUGCUAUUUUAAAUUUACUUCACUGUUCAUUAAAAUAUAUGUAUAUAACGGAGAAAUGUAAAUAUACAGAAUCAACUACUAUGAUUGUUGUUUCACAAUAAAAGGAAAACACCUGA